CCGAUAACCCUUAUACAUCACUCUGACAUGGGAAUAGAACGCUCCCACAUGUCUAAGACUCGCCUACUGAGCUAUUGAGGCUUCUCCAAAGUCGAUCAAGUCUUUCUCGUCUCCAGGCCAUGUCACGGGACAGUGCAAUUCACUCCAACCAAUCAGUCAAUUCAUCGAACCUCACUGUUUCCGUUCCACAUCAAGUCACCCCUCGUUUCUCGCUAUAUUCACUUUCCGCAUCAACCUGCAGACCAUCAUACGUGCACCAGUAACGAAUUGUCGCUGAGCUGCGCAUUGCAUUCUCAUCCGUAGCAUGGAAGCACCUGGUGGCCCCUCUUCUUCCACACCCAAGGCCACUGCGUUUGCACAUUCGCCUUCACCCUCGCGCUAUGCCCCACCCCACCCUUCUACACUCUCUCACCUGACAUACCAUGGAGGCCUACUGGCCUAUACAGUUGCCUUAUGGCCUAAGUCAAAAUCAUCGCCAUGCUCGCACUGAAGGUAAAGCUGUUGCACUCCCGUAUGGAGAUCACAUGCGUUGGCAGAUUCCCUCGCUAGGGUGGCUUUCAACAGCUGCAGUCACGUCACCUUCUUCCCCCUCCCCCUUAGCUUUCCCUACCCCAACUCCAACUCCAACUCCAAUUACCCGCUCUUUCUUCCAAGGUCGCAGCCGCCAUCUCAGAACGAACCCGAAAGACAACAUGGCGUACAGCAGAAAUCUCUGGACGAUCAACCUGCGCCCGGGUACAGCAAAGGAGAGGCGUGACCGUACGCCGAAAACGAAGGUUGUAUCUAAGCCGACGGUGAGCAAGCCCAAAACGCCCACUAUAGGCACCAAGCGAAAAGCGGCAAAGGUUGCCAAAUCUUGGGGACCCGGUACCCAACUAGGUGCAACUCAACUAGGUGCAACUCAACAUAUGCCUAUCACAAUUGAUAGCGACGAUGAAUACGUCGCGCUGGAUGGCGAGGCGGACAGAGAAGUGGCAUACGCCCCCCACCCACUUACAGCGCCUCCUGCUUCCACCAGUAGUUCAUCUCUGCUAUCAGAUCUCAGCCAGUUUCGAUAUAAUUCCAGGUAUUCUUCUCCGCCUCCUUCUCUACGAAGUAUCUACUCGCCGUUCAAUGAAGCGCUCUCUCCCGCUGGCUUCAUCCUAAGGAGGUCAUCUCCACCUCCAUCUGUGCAGCUUCCAAUUCGACAAAGCAGAGGGCGACAGCAAAGUGCAAGAGCUGUGGUGUCUGAUAACGAGGCACGCGUCAAUACUGUGAAGAACAAAUUUGGAUUCCAGGAGCAGGCUAGGAAAUCUGUUCGAUGCGGUACAUCGAAGAAGGACAAAGACGCCUUCAGUGACCAAGGCUUGAGCUCUCGAUGUGCGCCCUAUCCGUCUCCCUCGGUGACGUUGAAAGUCGGCGUCACUGAGCGCGAAUCCAGCAUCUUCAACAGACAAUCACCUCCAACCAAAAAUAGCCGACCGACCACGAUACGAGACGCUAAAACAUCAAAAAUGGUCUCUCGUGUCAAACAAGACACGCCCGGACCAUAUAAAUACCGCUCUCAGAAGCCGUCUUCCGGCAAUAGCACUAUAUCCCUCGAUGAUGCCAAAAGCUCAAAGAUACUGGGCUUAGAAUCGAGAAGUGAUGCGCACAGCGACGCGGGAUACAGUAACGUUGAGGACCUGACCUUGGCGGAUAUACCUGACUACGAGCUAAGAAGCAAAGUCGCACAGCUGAUGGCUGUAGCUCCCACUAUUCCAGUCAGGGAUCUGCAUUACUUGCUCAUCGAUAGCGAAGGGCAGUUUCUUGUCGCUAGAAAGCGAGCGAUUUGGGAGAGUGAAGUACCAUCAGCUCACCAAUCAGUCCGGCCUUCGGUUUCACCAUCGUCUGCACCUACAAUGCCGAUAGUCGCUAGUCCGACGCAAGAUGACGAUGAAGACGGUGACGAGAUAAUGGUAAAGAUAGACCCAAAUGACCCGGCAUUCGAAUGGGAUACCGAUGCACCUGAGCAAGAACCAUCUGGAAAACGGAAGCGCCUAGCGCCUAAAAAGUCAAAAAGUCGUCCAUCCAAGUUAAUGCAGAGUCCAACUGCGAAGUACCCCAAAAGCCUUGCCUCGCAAAAGACAGCCAAGCAUGCUACCCAGUCAUCAAAGCCACGUACAGAGAAUCACCCCACAAUCAGCGUCAAGAGAUCCAAAGGAACGUCCACCGCCAGCAAGAGUUUGCGAGACGAUAGUAUUGACCGCGGUUUUCUCAUCCCUGAUGAUGAUAGCUUCGUUAACUCCGAUGAGUCCUAUGUCGACGGGAGCUCUGAGUAUGGCGAGACCAGCAGCAGCCAUAGCGAUAUCGAGAUGGAGGAGGUAGAAAUUGACGUGCGCCGCCGGCUCGCGUUUGACCGAGGUUUAUAGAGAGGGGGUUAGGGAAGUUCAGGCGAAUUUCGAUAUUACCAACAUGUGGAGACGUCGAGUACAGAAUGCAUGAUGCAGGCAUAGCAUUUCAACGGUGUGAGGUGUAAGGUUUGAGGGGCGCUCUUUAGGUCACACCCAUAGUGGUUCAAAUACGC